GCCUGGUUGUGGGAGGACGACCUCAGAGCUACCGCUGUGAACCCGCGGACACGUCCAGCUCCUCGGCUUUUCUUCGUAGAAAGGUCUCCUAAUUUUCAGAUCUCCAGAGCCAGCUUCAGGGAGAUCAGAUUCCUUAUGGAAGAACCGAGGCGUUCGAAGCGACUUCGCUCCAUGGACUCUAAUCAAGCCUCAGGUGGGCCUUCUACAGAGCCAGGCCACUCGGUUGUGGACCGUGAAGACCCCGUGGAAACAGAUGGGCCCGCAGAACCAGCCCAACCCACAAAACCCACUGCUUAUGUGAAGCCCUUCCGAUGGGAGCCCGCAGCUCACACCCAGCCGACUCGUCCUGCAGAGAGAGGCCGGCGCCGAGGCCGGGGAGGAAGCCAACGGGCAGGGCGAGGCGGAGGCCGUGGCAGAGGGGCUGUGCGCAGAACCGUGCUGGAAGGCCCUGUCCCACCAGAGGCACUGCCUCGGGUGGGACCUCAGGGGCUGCCCCCUGUCUCUGGGCCUGAGGCUGUUGCUUGGCAGCCCACGUUGAUUGGGUUUAUGCCUCUGGGUGACUCAUCUGUUUUAGGAGUCACACAUUCCUCCAUGGGAACCUACGUGCAUGGGGUCCCAGUGUUCAUGGGCCAUAUUACACACUGACCUCUGUCACUCACAUUGUCGCCAGCCUCCCUUUCUUCCACCCGGACUUUCCCUCCAGCCCCAUUUCUGUUCCACUCCUUCCCUCCCAUACCGGAGCCCUCACCUUGUAGUCAGGACCGAGCCUCCAAGCCCUCCUCUCAGGAUCCCGAACGCCAUCCACCUGCUUCCAAUGCCCCUCUUGUCUCUGCUUUGUACCUUCUGUAAAAGUUACACAUGCACGGAGCUCCUCAAUGCCUGUCAAAAUAAGCCUGCAGCUCCCCUAGUCUUUUCAUCAUGCUUACAUU